UUAGUCAUCGUCGUUGGGGGCCAUGUAGAAAAAUCUGGAACACAGGUCGGUCAAAUCAUAGUCUAUUGACCGAAAGGUCUGCUUAGUCAGUUCGCUAAAACGAUUCUGAAGACCCGUGUUCUGCGGCAGCGAAUGAUGAAACUUACAGGAAUGGUAAUGGGUUUGUGUGGGCUUUGUCUCAUUGGAAUUCCAUUCUCGUUUCCAUAAAAGGGUCCAAUCCAGCUAAAGCAGGAUGGCGAUGGCGGUGUUCGAAUGAGAACGCUGCGUUGCUGAAUUGUACCGACCUGAUUCCUUCGUGUCUGGGCGACUACAUACGGACGUCUCUGUCAAUCCUCCGACUUGUUUGUUGGCCUUCCCAAGCUGGGCUCAUGCUCUCUGUAUGUGUGUACGACGAACUCGCAUACAUGUGGACUGGAGCCAGUUUCUGCAGAUUACGCCCAUCGUAACCGAGUGCUUCGAUUUGAGCUUUCCGCAAGCUCUGAUGCAGUGAUUGCUAGAGCAUGAAACCAAGCACUCUUCGCAGAAUCCAGUCUUGACAAACUUCGAGCUGAGUCUUUCUGUCUUCUUGCUCUGUCACACUCGAGCUCAAUCACAGUUUUGGAAGGCUGCCAAGGUUUCUGAGUCCCGUGCGUCUUUCAAACCCGCGUGUCCAAGUUAUUUUUGGGUCGCCGGUCAUGUCAGACCUCGUUUCAGUCAGACCUCAUGACCUUAGUGGAUGACGUGAUCUUCGUCUGACAAACGGAAGCUUUGUACUUUCCGAGAUUUGUUUGUUCCAGGUCGUCAGUGAUUUUGCAACCUAGGUAGGUUCUCCGAUAGAGUGAUCGGUUUGCCUCUACGAAGUAGUGUACAUUCGUGGCAGCCUUUGCCAAUUUGUUCAGGACAAUCGCCGAUUUUCCUUUUGUUACCGUUUGAAGCUUGGACAAUGGUGGCAACAUUCGAGUGUCUAUGUCGGCCAGUGGAAGGAAGCUCAAUUCUGAUGGGGUGAAAUCCGACUACUACGAACGUUUAUGAAGUUGGAGGACAGAGUGAACUCUGUGUAUUUGAUCGAGAAAUACAGUUCCAGAGGCGGCAAUCAUGGUCGGGGGCCCUGUGGAAAAUGGAGAGAAAGAUAAACGGUAUGCCGGCCAUCUCACGAGCUUCGUGGUCUACGCCAGUAUUGUCGCUGCAAGUGGUGGCCUCAUUUUUGGCUAUGACAUUGGAAUCACAGGAGGAGUCUCUUCCAUGGAUGAUUUUCUGAAGAAGUUCUUUCCGAAGGUUUACCGAGAGCGACAUAAUAAGAACAAUUAUUGUGCCUAUGACAAUCAAGCGCUACAAGCUUUCACAUCAUCGCUUUUCUUGGCGGGCAUGGUUGCCUCUGUAUUCGCUUCGUACAGUACUCGACUGUGGGGACGGAAAAACUCAAUGCUAAUCGCUGGCUUGAGCUUUCUGAUCGGUGCAAUUCUGAACGUGGCAGCUCAAAAUCUCAUCAUGCUGAUCAUCGGAAGGAUUUGUCUGGGAAUCGGUGUGGGUUUUGGCAAUCAGGUAGUUCCUCUGUAUCUCUCUGAGAUAGCUCCAGCUCAUCUCAGAGGUGCAUUGAACAUGAUGUUUCAGCUCGCAACAACCUUCGGAAUACUUAUCGCGAAUCUUAUAAACUAUGGAACUAACAAUAUCCACCCUUGGGGUUGGAGGCUCUCAUUAGGACUUGCUGCAAUUCCAGCCACCGUGCUCACCAUGGGAGGAAUUUUCCUUCCGGAAACACCCAACAGUCUGAUUGAGCGCGGAAAAAUAGAAGAGGGCAAAUCUAUGUUGAAAAGAGUCCGUGGUGUGCCGGAUGUGGAAGAAGAAUAUAGAGAUUUGGUACAGGCUAGUAGAGUUGCAGGUCAGAUCAAGCAUCCCUUUAGAAAUCUGUUGCAGACGCGGAAUCAACCACAAUUGGUGAUGGCGAUUUUUCUUCCAUUUUUUCAAAUCGCGACUGGAAUCAAUUCGGUACUGUUCUACGCACCACAACUAUUUCAGACAAUCGGAUUCGGGAGCAGCGCAAGUUUGUACUCGGCAAUUAUUAUUGGAGCAACGCUGUCACUUUCUACAUUCGUUAGCAUAGCGUUGGUGGACAGAGUGGGGCGAAUGAAACUCUUCUACGCCGGUGGAGCUCAGAUGUUUUUAACCCUGGUGUUUCUGGGCAUCGUCAUGCAGCUCAAACUCGGCCUGUACAAUCAGCUGGAAAAGGGCUGGGCGGUGUUGAUCGUGGUGUUGAUAUGCAUAUAUACCGCCGGUUUUGGUUGGUCAUGGGGCUCUUUGGGAUGGACAGUGCCCAGCGAAAUUUUCCCCCUCGAGACUCGAUCAGCGGGCCAGAGUAUUGUGGUUUCUGUCAACUUCUUCUUCACCUUUGUCCUGGGCCAAGCGUUGCUGACGAUGCUGUGCCAUUUCAAAUUUGGGAUUUUCUAUUUCUUCGGGGGUCUGGUGUUUCUCAUGACAGCGUUUGUUGCCCUCUACCUUCCUGAGACUAAAGGUGUACCUCUAGAAGAAAUGCCUCUUCUUUGGAGCUCCCACUGGUUCUGGAAAAGAAUAGUUCCUCCACCAUCAGCUAUAAUUCCAGGAAGCCGGUCUUACAGUGUAAGGUUAUAGGUAUUAGCUAUUUAUAAAGUUUCAUCCUUCGUCCUCUUGUAAACAUGGCUCGCAGUUUCGUAUUACUUUCCAUUCAUUGAAUUUGGCAGAAUUUUAGUCUAGAUCUAAGGUGUA